CCCAUCAUCCUCUGGGAGUCCGGGCCCAGGCUUCCGCUCCUCUCUCCCUCCGCAGCCCCCGACAGGCCGACCCGAAUCCCCUUUUCCGCCACCGCCUGCGCCGCCCGCCGCGCAAACCGCCACCAUGGACGAGGCCCUCGCCGCCGUCCUCUCCUACCUCCCGCCUCCCGCCGUCUCGUCCUCCUCCAUCCUCUCCUCCCCCUUCCCCGCCGCCUCCCCCGACGGCGAGGAGGAGGACCGCGUCGGCCUCCUUCCCGACGCGAUCCUCCGCAACAUCGUCUCUCGCCUUCCCAUCAAGGAUGCUGCCCGCACCGCCGUGCUCUCCUCCCGCUGGCGCCAUAUCUGGACCUCCGCCCCUAUCGUCCUCGACGACGGCGCCGGCGGACUCGCCCCCGCCGCCGCCGCCGCGGCGCUCGCCUCCCACCCGGGCCCCGUCCUCUCCGCGCGCCUCGCCCCCUCGGAAGACGCCGAGGUCGUCGCCUCUGUCUUCGCCUCCCUCGCUGCCAGGGACGUCGAGGACCUCCUCGUGGUGGUCAAUGGCUCCUGGCCCGUCGAGUGGCGCGUCCCCUCCGACAUCCUCGGCUGCGCGGCCCUCGGCCGCCUCUGGAUCGGCCUCUGCCAGUUCCCGGACACGUCCGGCGCCGCUCCGGCCCUCCUGAGCUUGCGGGAGCUCGGCAUUGUCCACUCCACAGUGCAGGAUCGCGAUCUCCACGCCUUGAUCCCACGCUGCCCCGUGCUCGAGAUCCUCGCGUUCGCGCUCAGUCAGGACUACCCGAGAUACGUCCACAUCUGGUCGUCGAGCCUCCGCUGCGUGGUGAUUUGGAAGUCUAUGCUCAGGGAGGUACACCUUGACGAUGCCCCCAACGUGGACCGACUGCUGGUGGAGCCGAUUGCUGAUGCCGCCACACACAUCAAGAUCAUUAAAGCACCAAAGCUGAAGAUGCUUGGUUACUUUGAUGUUGGAUUGCAUCAGCUCAAGAUCGGUAAUACUGUCAUCAAGAUUGAUACAAAGGUGAAGCCAAGCGCAAUGGUUAGGACCCUCAGGACAUUGGCACUGAAGGUUCAGUUUGGAGUCGAGGAUCAAGUGAAGUUGGUUCCCACCUUGCUCAAAUGCUUCCCAUGCUUAGAGACAUUGUAUAUCAUGUCGGUUCCUUCUGAAGCGCCGCUCAAUGUUGACAUAGAAUUCUGGGAUCAAGUUGGCUUCACAGAAUGUGUAUAUUCACAUCUAAAGAAGUUGGUGCUAGAAGCUGUGCGAGGCGAGGAUAGUGAGCUGGCAUUUGCAAAGUUUGUCAUGGAAAGAGCUCAAAUGCUGGAGGAUAUGCGUGUCUUAGUGGAUGGCAGUUGUUCAAGAGAUGUUGUUCUAAGUCGUUUGUCUUCGGAAGGGUGUGUAUCAGCAGAUGCUACAGUUCUGGUGGAGAGGCACGAUGGGACUGCAUGGACCUUCCAGAGAGCCAUUGACUUGUUGCAGAGUGACCCAUUUGGUUGCUGAACCUGGAGGUCUUCCAAUUGCAGCCAAUAACCACAGCAGACUUCCACCGAAACAGCUCGUCGGGGACAUACCAGGCCCCAAUGAGUUGAAUCAAGGAACAUGAUAUGCGCGUGCUUUGUAAAGCUUUGUUGUGUUGCUGUCAUGUUGUAUCUGUACUUGUGAAGGAGCAUGAUCCAUGUUGCUAAUCCGUUUGAUUCUUAGGAUUUUAAGCGUUUGAGUUCAUUCUCUGUAUGUUCUUCUCAACUUUACACCGUGUAUGGUAACAGCUGCGAUUCUUAGCAAGGCAGUCAAAAUGAGAAGUUGUGAACAAGAGAAAUGACCUCAUUUUGUGGUUAUUGACUUAAGAUACUGAAAUUGUAGAGUUGGUACAUGCGAAGUGAGGAAUGCGCUAUGCCUGUAGCAAUGAAUUGGGUGAUAGAAAUGAUGUCAGCUUGCAAGAUACUCACUCCUUUUCAAAUUA